UUCUAGUUACCUCCGAAUAGUGUAACGCGUACAUGAAACUGUCGUGUGCCAGAACAGUGUAUUAUUUUAAGUAGAAUUUUUCCUCUUAUGUAUCUCAUGUAUCGUGUUUCUAUUCGUGAAAAAAUAAAAUACUGUGUUCAGAACUGAAAUCAUGAGAAAAGAAGGGUGAAAAAACGUAAAAUCACGAGAAAAAAACACGGAUGGUAAAACCGCGUUCGCGGAGGAUACAGAUUGAAUAUAAAAUUUGUGAAGCCAUAAGUGUGGUGUGUGACAUUUUUAAACAAUUCUAAAGUUGACAUAGAUCUGAAUUAUGUUUAUGGUUCAAACAUAAAAUGUCUUGAUAUUAGUAUUUCAAACAUUAAUGAAUUACUAAAGGAUAUCUAUCAAAUGUUAUUUAAAAUUGAGAUAAUAUACAAUAUAUUAUUUAUAAAGUGACAUACAGAGAUGUGUCAUGGAAAAAUGUAGUUCAAUUGUGUUUAUACAUGGAUGCAAUUUUGCAACAAAUGUGCUUUAAAGAUAAGUUAGAGUAUUUUCAAAAUGCAGUUGUACAAUUAUUCUUUAAUGGAUAAUGUAGUUCUGAAAAGAACUACCUACUAUAUGCAAGGAAUUAAUAUUCAAACAUGGUUAACAUUAAAGUGUGAUAUUGAGAACAAAUAUCAACAAUCUAUGUAAAUAAACAUAUUUUGAAAAAAUAAAAGGGUAUUACCUAAACAACAGAUGAAAUAAGAAGUUACAUGCAUGACAGGAAUAGGAGACGUAGGUCGCAGACGCGUUGAAUGGCGCCGUAGCGCAAAUACAAUCUUCUUCUAUCACUAAGCUGUAAUUCAUGAGUGAGAUAUAUAGAAGCAAACAUAGAUAAGCUGAAAAGGUGGCUAGACGCUACCCAGAGUAAAGAGGGGCUGCGUGGGCAUGCAGCAGCCUCAGUCACGCCCUCUUCUCGGGGACUCAGUAUCCUCUACAACUUCCCCGACUGCUCGGCGUAAUAAUCCUGUUGCUGUUUUGACACAUCAACAGCCGCAAGACCAAGGAAAUAGGUCAACAACUGGAAACCACAUAGUAUAUGUAAACCAGUUAAACCAUUUAAAUCAGAGUACCAUAAAUCCCUCAGGGACUGGUAUGGGCCUACCCCCGGCCACCCCCACUUUUGGGGUGGGCCUUAAUAUGGGAUUGCCACUAUCACUUUUAAAUACCAGCCUUACAUCCCUCACAUCUAAUGUUAUCACUACAUCAAAUCCUCUGCUCAAUUUGGGCCUGCCAAGUAUAAAUACAGGACUAACUACAAUAAAUCCUAGUCUCAAUCAGUUAAAUACCAUAAACUCAAAUUUAACUUCAAAUAUUGGUUCAAACAGUAUUAAUAAUGGUUUAUCUGGUUUGGGACAGGAUAUAAAUACUGGAAUUAAUAGGCUCAAUACAUUAAACUCAACAAAUAUAAAUUCUGGAUUAUCCAGUGUGAAUACUGGAAUUACCAAUGUAAAUCAGAAUUUGACAAGUUUAAAUUCAAACAUAAACCAGAAUGUAACCAGUUUGAGCACAAAUUUUACAUCCCCAAGCUCUGGUGUAUCUGGUUUAACUGCUAUUAAUCCAAAUAUAAAUGCAAAUUUAACUACUACCAGUAUAAAUUCUGGUAUGAAUCAAGGCCUCAAUCGAUCUAUUAAUGCUUUAACAACUGGAUUAACUCAAACUAGUCUAAAUUCCAGCAGUACACAAUUUCCAUUCCAAGCCAUACAAAGUAUACAGAGUAUUGCACCACACAUUGUUGGAUCAAAUAUUGCACAUGUACCAAGUUCUGCUAUAUCGCAGCACCCGAAUUCAAACGUUUCUACUAUUUCACAAAUAACAAAUACUGGUACCUUGACAAGUUCCAGUAUAUUCACAAGCACUUCCAGUGAACCAAUUCAUUCAACCACAGCAAAUGUGAAUCACGCUUCAAACGUGAAUCUCACUACAAAUAUUCCACAUCUUGGUACAAUGCACUCAAAUUUAUCUAAUGUAUCAACAUCUAAUGUGCAGCAUAUAUCUGCAUCAAAUGAACCGAAUAUGUCACUGAGUCAUACUUCUUUAAGUUCUUCUCAGUCAACUGGAUUUCAAUCUCAGCGACAAUAUUCACAGGGAAUUAACCCUGGUUUAAGUUCAUCGGUAACACUAACGGGCUCAUCUCAACCAUCAAAUGUGGUCAGUACAAUAAAUACUGUAAAAUCUAUGCAGAACAUUCAAAGUCAAAAUAUUAGUUCUCCAAGCAGUCCAUUUUCAAUACCAUUAAAAAGUCCAGCAUCUAAUAUUGCACCACCUACACCAAGCCCUAGUCCUAACAGACUACUACUUAGAAGUCCAGCAUCUAAUUCAAUACAAUCUAAUAGAAAUAGUCCAAGUCCUGUUGGAACAUCAAAUAAUAACUUUAAUAUACAAAUGCAAAGUCCAAUGCAGAGUCCAAUGAGUGUUAGCCAAAUUCAGAGUCCUGUACUUAGUCCAUAUCCUCCUGCAAAAAGUCCUCAUUUGUUAAGUGGAAAUAACUCUCUAAACAACAGAAGUCCAGCACCUGGUGGAAGUCCUGGUCCACCUGUGGGAUAUCAAUCAACACCAACGCAACUAGUGACUAGGACACAUUUGAUUGGAAAUCAACAAAUUCAAAUAGCUGCAACUAAGCCUACAAAACAACCACCACAAAUUUUACCAAAACCUCCAAACCAACAAGCUGCUGGAUCACAACAAAAACAGCAACGUGUUACUACCACAAUUACAAAUCAAGUGACACAACAAACUCAACCACAGUUAGUUCUUGCUGGACCACAACCAAGUCCUACAACAGCUACAAUGAUACCAACAGCACAAGGUCUAUUAUUAAAUCAGGUUUUGCCGUCAACUGGACCCGUUAUUGUACAGCAACAACCAGGUGGUGUUCAACUCAUACUAAGAACGCCAGCGAGUGCCCAGCAACAAACACAUACUGCACAGCUAACUCAACAGCAAUUAGUUAGAGUUGUGACAGCACAAGGUAUGCAGUUACAAGGUAUUACACCUACGUUUUUUGCUGUACCUAAUGGUUUUCCUCCAGCUGCAUCUCCAGUAAUUAGACAUACUCCUUCUAGUCCAGCACCUUUGAUUCAAAAUGCAAUGGUACAAAGUCCUCAACCACAAAUCUCACAAGUAGGAUCGAAUUCUAAUACUGGUAAUACUCCAUGUACGCAAGCUGUUGUUGAACAAUCUUUAUUACCACCUCCUAAGAAAAAAGCUAAAAAGAAAAAGAAAACAAAACGGAAAGAUGAUGAACCACCAAAAUUGGAUCUUGCUAGUAUAAUGAAAAUAUCAGGAAUUGGAGAUGAUGAUGAUAUUUUUGAUACUGAUCUUACAACUGAAUCAGAUGUUUCUUGUCAAGUUCAAGUUGAUUCAAGUUCGGGACAAACUCUGGGACAACUUUCGUCCCAAGUAACGAUACCUACCAGUUCUGCUCAGAAUCUGAUACAAGUACCUGCACCAAAUACAACGAAUACACAAACUUCUGCGUCUCAGACGUUUAAUAGCCAACUUGUUGCCCAACUUCAAAUGCCUGUGCAAAAUGUACAAGGACAAUUACGAUUUGCUCUAGGAGAGGAUGGAAGAGUUGUUUUGCAUCGUACUCCAGAAUUAAAUCAGCCUGAAAUGGAUCAAGCUACUGCUCAAGCACUGAUACGAUCAUUAACACAAGGUGGUGGACAAAAUUCCCCAAUUAUUUCUCACCUUCUUGGACAAGCGCAAACGACAACACAAUCUACACAAAGUACUGUGCUACAGAGACAAAAAUUUGUUAAAUCACCUUCAUCAUCCAGUGUUUCAACGGUUACUACUACUGUAAGUUCGACAGCUCCACAAAGUGUUACUUGUGCAACUAGUCCACAGCAUGUGCAAGUAUGCUCAAAAUCAAAUAAUCAGAAAAGUGUAAAUGUUCCUCAAGAAUCCAGUCCUGUGUUAAAUGUUUGUGUCCAAAACAGUCUUGUAUCUUUACAAACAUUGGAUAUGCAAGCAUCGAAAAAUAUCAAUGUACAAAAUCUCGCACCAACAACAAAAACUAAUCAGUCAUCUAAUUCUAGCCUUUCACAACCAAACAGUAAUGUUCUAACGCCUGACGUUUUAGCAACAAAACCUUCAUGUACGUUCAAUAGUGCUGCUCAUGUUCAAAAAUCAUUACCAAAUAAUUUAACUGUACAAAAUGAACAUACUGUAAUAAAAAGUAAUCAGAGCCAUCAACAAGGAAAUCAACAAGAGUCAAUAACAUUGCAGCAAGAAACACCAAUAUAUCAACAUAAUCAACAUCAACAAAUAACAGCACAGACUGUACAAACUCAGAAUGUCCAACAAGUUUUCGAACAAAAUCUUCAAACUUCUGGAUCAAAUGCUCAACAUAAUUCUUUGAACAUGUUACAACAACAAAGUUCUUGCAAUACAGCAAUGCAACAUGAUGCUAUGAAUGUUUUGCAACAACAUUCUAGUAUUCAACAAAAUACGAUUAAUGUUUUGCAACAAAAUGCAUCUAGUAAUGUACAAAAUAUUGAACAAUCUGGCAUUGGUGAUUUGACUCAUGCGCAACAAAAUGUUAUUACAAAUAUGCAACAGCAAAAUACAUCUGCUAUUUUGCAUAAUACAAGUGUACAGCAAAAUGUAAAUGUACAACAACAAAAAGUUGUUGCAGCAAACACAUUUUCUUCUGUGAACACGCAUCAUUUUGAAUCCCAGAAUACAAUUAAUGCUAUACAACAAGGACUAAAUACACAGCAAAAUAAUCAACAUCAAAAUAUUGUGAUUACAAAUGCUCCUCCUUCAACUGCUAUGCAACAAAAUGAAUCUCAAAAAAUAGAGACCCAAAGUACAACAAUGCUUAAUUCAGCAGCAAACAAUAUAUUAAAUAAUGCACCAAAAAUUACUCCCGAAAUUUUAAAUGCAUUGAGUAAUUUAAAUCCUAAUGAUCAGUUAUUAAUUGCAAAUGCAAAUGGACAAAUGCAAGUAAUCAGUCAACAGCUAUUACAACAAUUUUUAGCAGGACAAUUAAAUGCAACUAAUCAGGUACAAAAUCAAAACCAAACUCAGAAAAUAGUGAUUGGUGAGCCAGAUGCAAAUAACCAGAAUUUACAAGGUGUACAAAUUAAUACUCCAACGAGUCAAAUAAUUGUAAAUAGUUCUGGUGGAGCUCCUACGAUUCAAAAUAAUAUACAGAAUAUUGUAGUACAAGCUGCUCCUUCUCAAAUGCCACAACAUAUACAAAUUCAAAAUUCCAGUUUUCCUAGUCAGUUUAUUGACAAUUUAAAUCAACAACAAAUCAGAAAUCUAGGUAAUAAUCAACCAAAGAAGGCAAAAAUUAUUAAAAGAACAAAAACUGCUGUUACUACUCAAAAUACUGGAAAUGCGCAGGUAACAAAAACAAUUACUGUUUCCCGCCCAACAAUGUUAUCAACAAAUAUAACUAAUCUUCAGAAAGUUGAUAAUUCUAACAAAGUAAAUACUGUAGUGUCACAAAGUACAAAUCCAAUUAAGAGCGAAUCUUCGCAAGUUGUUACAAAUGGUCCUGUACUUCCGUCUUCUCCUGGAAAUCACUUAUCAGUUCCCUCAAAUGGUCAAAUGGUUCAAAGAGUACAGACUAUUCAACUUCCUGCUCAAAAACAACAAUUAUUAAAAAAUAUACAGUCUCAAAUACAAGCUAUAUUAGCUCGUAAAUCAGGUUCACAACCAGAUCAAAGUGUUUUAACAAAAUUAUAUCAAGAACAAGCAAAAAUUUUAGCAAGUGGAAAGGUUGUUAGUACUACAACACAUUCUGUUAGUAGUGGAACAGAAACAAGUUUUAGUGUGAAUGCAGUUUCAACAAUGGCACCAAAUUUAAUAUCACAAAAUUGUUAUAAAAAUCAGACAUCAGCUGUACAAACUCAAACACAGACAUCAACUACUGUGGUAACUUCACAAAAUUUAAAUCCUAGUACAUCUUCAACUGUACAGAAUAAUUCAUCUAAUAGUUAUAUGAACAACCUUUCGAUAUCACAAAAUGUGCAAGGACAACAAUGUGUACAAAAUAAUCAAAAUGUACACCAAACGCACACAAAACAGCACAAGAUUUAUCAGAAUCAUGGAAAUCAGAUAUUAAAUCCGUCCUCUGCCAAUAUACAAAUUUUCUCACCACCAAUUACCUCUGUAGCUACUGUGCAGAGUAACGCACAACAAUUAUCUUCAGUUCAAACUCAACAAACUGGAAUGCAACAAUCAACCCAAUGUCAGACAGACCCAUUAGACAUAAAACCAAAUUUGCAAAUAUCAAGUCCUGUUAAACAAGAACUUUCUUCACCUAUUCAAAUACAAGUUCAAAGUGGUUCACCUGCAGGACAGGUAGCCUCACCUAGAAUGAUUGGCAAAGGAUCACAAAGAAUUCAAAGUCCUGUAAACACUAAUGGUAAUUCCAACAAGCAAACUGUCAGUCCCAAUAGUAAUUCAAGUCCUUUAGUAAGUCCUAGACAAGGUGUAAAAAGACCAGCAUCCAGUCCAAUUUGCAGACAGAUUAAUCGUAGUGACUUAUUAGAACAGCAAUUAAAAAUUGAUCAAAACGGUGCGAUAAAUCCAGACGUAAACACGCCAUUUUUGAGCAAGCGUGAUGCUUGUAAACGUCUUGUGCGAUAUCAUUGUUUAAAUGAGCAGGUACUUAGUUCUAAAGAUUUGGCAAAAGCUGAUGAGAUGUUUGAAGAAACAGCCAAACAUCUUCUAUCAAAAUUCAAUUCCAUGAUGAACAAAUAUACGUAUCUUCUUUUGAUGGAGAGCAUGCGAGAAGUGAGGACAUCGGAAUUGAUGAUGAUUGACAGAACUUUUGUUGCUGAAGAACAAAGUAUAUUAAAUAGGUUACGAGAACAAGAGGCUAAAGUUAAUGAAGAGUUCAAAAAAGAAGAGAAGCCAUUGGUGCCAAAGGUUGAACCUGGUCUUACAGAAGAAGAUAAAUUAUCACCAUCAUUAACUAACGUGUCUGUAAAACGUGAAUUAGAAGAUGACUUUCUAAGUGACGAAAUAGAAUGCAAACCAGUGAUUAAAUCAGCAAAUUGUACUAGUGGUGAUUAUGAUGAGUGGGUGGAGAUACAAAAAGAACUUGGUGUAUAUCCAUCUACCACAGACUCAUUUAAAUGUAAAAAUAUUAAUAAUAGUGGUAGUAAUAGUGCAUGUGCUGUGGCUGUUACAAGGUCGUCUAAAACUGAAAGAACACGAGCAAAUGGUGAAUGUCGUCUUACUGUAUCAAAUGCGAAUAUUUCUGGAGUUCAAAGUACAGUUAUAAAAGACAAUUGCGAACAAGAUACUACUUCAGUUUUUGAGAAGCGUUGGAGUAGUGCUACUGAUCUCGAGCGAGAUUUAUUAGAAGAUACAGACAGCUUAGAUGGACUGGCCUUACAUUCUCAAACUCAAUGUCCAGGCUCUCUUCAAGUAACAACCGAAAGUGGAAAUGGUAAUGAACAUGAUGAUAUUACAGCGCAGGUACAAUCUGCCAUUGAUAGCAUUCUUAAUCUUAAAAAACGUCCUACAAAUACAUUACCUGGCAAUGGUAAUAGUGCAUCACAAUCCAGUGAAUCAAAGGACACAGUGCUUGACCAAGCAGUCCGUAGCAUUUUAGGCUCGUGACCCUCCUUUAAUAAAGUAUAUUAAACAAGUGAAGUUAAUGGUGAACAUCAUGCUAAUUGUUCGUUUAAAAAAUUUUUAAAGUACUAUACAUUUUUUUGGUGAUUUUUUUGUGGUUAUGUGAAUAAUCUAAAAACUAUGUUUGAUAUUAAGAAUGCGACAUUAUCUUUGGUAAUGCAUAUUUGAAAGCCUACAAAUUGUUGCUAAAUUAUUUGUAUAAAUCCUACAAUUUUAAUUUCAUUUAUACAUAAAUUAAAACGACUAUCUGGAUUAUGCAAUUUUAUAUAUUUCUCCAAAAUUUAUUGAAAAUUUUUUCUGCAAUGGCAAUAACUAUGCAUAAUAUAAAAACAAGUAUACUUUCCAGUAGUCUAGCUGUAAUAAAGCCAUCGCGUUUAUCUAGCAGCUGUACAUGUGGAUAGAUAGGCAAAUAGAUGGAUAGAUAGGUAGUAAAAUAAAUAGAUAAUUCGCUCAGAUUUUUCAAUCUGCCACUUUGUAAUGUAAUUUUGUAAAAAGUAAUUAUUUAAAACAAUUUAUUCCACUUUAUCUGUAGUACUUGUAGAAAAAUCUUAAGAUACUUAAAACUGGGUCGGUG